AUGACUUCUGUAGUUCUGGUUACCGGUGCUAGUGGCCUAUUGGGCCGCCAAUUAUUCAAUAUCUUCCAGCGCUCCGGGGUUCUUGUGGUAGGACAAGGAUUCACUCGCGCUAACCCGCCUACUAUCCUGAAAGCGGAUCUGGAGAAGAGUGAAGAUAUCAAGGUUCUUUUUGAUGAAGUAAAACCCCAGAUCGUUGUUCACUGCGCCGCAAACCGAUUCCCCGACCUGUGUGACAAGAAUCCCGAGCAAGCUCGCAAGGUGAACGUUGACGCUACUCGUGCAUUGGCCGAAGAGUGUGCUACUCGCGGAGCUUUCCUGAUCUACAUCUCCACCGACUACGUCUUUCCGGGAGUGGAGGGUGAAGCACCCUACGAGGCAGAUGCAGAGACCAAGCCACCAAACCUGUACGGUGAAUUGAAGCGUGAUGGAGAAGUGGCCGUCCUGGAAGCUACCAAGGCUACUGGUCUAGGUGUUGUCCUCCGUGUGCCGGUGCUAUACGGAACCGCCAAGAGUAACUCCGAGAGCGCCGUGAAUACCCUGGUGGAUGCUGUUAUGAAGGCGCAAGAUGCAGAUGCCGGCGUCAAGAUGGAUGACUGGGCUCAGCGGUACCCCACCAAUACAGAGGAUGUGGCGCGUGUCUGUCGAGACAUUGUCAUCAAGUACAUCAAGGAGAAGCAGCACCUGAAGGAGCUCCCGCAUAUCCUGCAAUUCAGCUCCGAAGAUCGUAUGACCAAGUACGAGAUCUGUGAGAAGCUUGCUCAAGUGCUCGGUUUCCCGUUGCCUGGUAUGAUUCGCAACAAGGAAGGGAAUGAUCCAAAUGGUGGUGUUCAGCGACCUUAUGACACCCAUCUGUCUACCAAGGCACUGAAAGACCUGGGUAUCGAUGUUAGAACUGUCGACUUCGUGACAUGGUGGCGACGAGAGCUGGGUGCGUAUAGGAAGUAG